AUGUCUGGCGGUAACAUCGAUGACCUAUUUAAUGUCUUUGAAGAAAAUGGCAUAGAAGAUAAUAUUUCCACGAAGGAUGAAGCGGGAGGAGUCCAGGUGGACAACCACCCCGAGGGUGAAGUGAACGAAGAGAAUGUCAGUAAAAUGCAUACUGACAAAGGUGCAAUAGGAGAUGAGAUACACUGCAAUGAGGAAAACGAAAGAGGUACCCAUCCCGGAGAGGGCCAUACGGGGAGAGACGAAGAAGGCGACAAUAACGGGGAUGCGCAAUUAAAUAAGCAACCGAAGGGUGUGGCUUCCGCCCCUAUAGGGACCCCCCAAAUUAAUGUUGAAAACCUCAUUUCGUGCAAAAAGAGGGACCAAAAGGUGCAGAACAAAAUAAAAGAGGAAAUAUAUAACGACAUACAAAUGGUCGAUGGCACGACCAGAAAUGCAAGCAACAAAGUAAGAAAGUUGAAUGAAAAUCAAAACGAAAAGAACGCUGAAAAAGGAGAAAAACAAACGGAUGAAAGCGGACCGGUAGAAGAAACACUAAUCGAAAAUAGCAAAACGAUAAACAAUGACGAUGUACUCGUUUUGGAGGAGUUCCGCAGUGAUGUCAAUUGUAUUCACAAGUGUAUCCGGCCAAAGAGUUACGUUCACAACAAGCUCAGUGAAACUCUCACCCCGGCCAGGACGUACAAAUUUGAAUUAGACACUUUUCAGAAGAAAUCUAUUGAAUGUUUGGAGCGAAACGAAAGUGUCUUAGUGUCAGCGCACACAUCUGCUGGAAAGACGGUUAUCGCAGAGUACGCCAUCGCUCUAGGGUUAAGGGAUAAGCAAAGAGUUAUCUACACGAGCCCUAUAAAAGCGUUAAGUAAUCAAAAGUACAGAGACCUCAGUGAAGAAUUUAAAGAUGUCGGAUUGAUCACAGGAGAUAUUUCCAUAAAUCCUGAUGCUUCCAUCAUUGUCAUGACGACAGAAAUUUUGAGAUCCAUGUUGUACAGAGGCUCUUCCCUAACGAAAGAAGUUAAGUGGGUAAUUUUUGAUGAAAUUCAUUACAUGCGAGACAGAGAUAGAGGAGUAAUCUGGGAAGAAACGAUCAUAUUACUACCACUCAUGGUGCGCUUUAUUUUCCUAAGUGCAACCAUCCCAAAUGGUAUUCAAUUCGCAGAAUGGGUGAGCAGUAUCAAAAGCCAAGCUUGCCACAUUGUGUACACCGAUUAUCGACCCACGCCCCUGCAACAUUAUAUCUACCCAACAUCUAGCGAAAGCGUUUUUCUUAUUUGUGAUGAAAAUAAAGAUUUUAAAAAAAAUAAUUUCAUCAAAGCAGUCAAUGCUAUAAAAGAAAAAAACAACAUGUCAGAAGAUACCCACCAGCAGAAUGGGAAUAGUAGGCAUAACAGACGAACAAAAAAAAAUGUCCAUGACAUUGAAAAAAUUGUACAGAUGUGUCACUCUCGUAAUUACACACCACUUAUCAUUUUUGCAUUUUCAAAAAAGGAAUGCGAAGUAAAUGCUACUACCAUGCAUAAAGUGGACUUAACGGAUGACACAGAAAAGGAAGUAAUAAAAGAGUUGUACGAAAACGCCAUUCAAAUUUUAGCUGAUGAUGAUAGGGCUUUACCACAGGUCCAGUUUAUUCUUCCUCUCCUCUUAAGAGGUAUAGGAAUUCAUCAUGGUGGCCUACUACCAAUCAUUAAAGAAAUAAUUGAAAUUAUGUUUCAAGAAUCACUGCUCAAAGUUCUAUUCAGCACAGAAACAUUCUCCAUGGGUAUUAACAUGCCAGCCAAAACGGUCGUUUUUACCUCCUUGAGAAAAUUUGAUGGAGUAGAAAAACGGUUAAUAACAUCGGGGGAGUAUAUUCAAAUGGCAGGAAGAGCGGGUAGACGUGGGUUGGACGACAGAGGUAUCGUUAUCAUUAUGUUGGAUAGCCCACUACAUUGGAGAGAGGCGGAAAAGUUAUUCGUAGGGGAAGCCAACAGAUUAGUCAGUCAGUUCCAUUUGGGGUACAACAUGAUUUUAAAUCUACUCCGAAUAGAAGGAAUUACACCAGAGUUUAUGAUUGAGAGAUCCUUCAUUCAGUACCAAAUGAAAAAAAGCCUCUUCCAGAAAAUUCUUGCCAAAAAAAAAGUAGAAGAAAAAAUUAAAGAAAUAUUUAACCAGCUGACUAGUGUCUACCUGGAUAAGGAUGAUCAGGAGAUCAGUAAAGGAAAUCUCUUGAAGAAAAUUAUGGAUCCUAAUUAUGAGUGCACCUCCCCCGCGGGGGAAGAGAUGAGUGCUCUUCAAUCAGUGUACACCCAACAUGGUGACCAAAAUAGCAACAUGGAAGAAGAUCUAUCCUCCGGAGAGAAAGCAGAAAUAACUAUCAACGAGGAGGAUAUUCAAGAGAAAGAGGGUACCCACUCCGAACACACCCUCGACACCAUGAAUGAUGAACUCAAAAACUACAACACUGUAUUUUCCUGCAUUUCCAAUUAUUACAUAUUAAGAAACAAGCUUAUCGAUCUGGGGGAAACGUACAGGUCUAUUCUAACGGCCAGGAAGAAUAUCACCCCGUACUUGGCCAUGGGACGACUGCUCUACCUGGUGGAGGACGACUUGAGGUGGGGUUGGGCCAUAUGCAUUGAAGGAAAAAUUGUUGAGCAAGCCAAUCGAGGUCGCAGCGCUGGUCGAAACAACGCCCUGAGGAGCGCCAACGCGACAAACACCACUAACCCCGCUAAUGCGGAAGAUGCCGAUGUACUGCUCGUGGAUUGUCUAGUACCCUACAGCCAAAACAGAAAAAGGAAACGGUUCCAGGGGGAUGACGGUGAUGUUAGUGGGGAGGAUGAUGUGGAUGAGUUGCCCGAAGGUACGCAGAAGGAAUUUGUUCCGGCCACCGACAGGAUGAAGGCCAAGUGGAAACUCAUCACCUUCCACAUCAAGUGCAUCUACCAGAUUUCUGCUGUCGUCUUAAACCUAGAGAAGCCAUUUGACAAAAAAAAUGAAGAACAAAUUAUGAGCGCCAAAAUGAAGUAUAACACCAUGGUGAAGUGCUUGAAAGGAGAAAAAAAUAUCCCUGUCAUUAACCCCCACCAGAUGGAAAUCAAAGAUGAAGCUUUUCUAAAAGUCGUAAAAAAUAUAAACUACCACGAACAGAUGUUAAGUAGAAAUAAAUUACUAAACAGUCGAAAUUUACACAAGUACUACCAACUGUACAAUAUGUAUGUAGCUUUGCAAUUUGAAAAGAACCUUUUAGAGGCCAAUAUAGAAAAGUGCAGAUUUAUAGUCUUAAAGAAGGAACUUAAAAAUAUGCUUGUCCUUCUGCAAGGUUUGAAUUAUAUAGAAAUUUCACACAAUUUGGAAGGGGAAAAUGCGCAACAGGGGAUAAAUGCCCAGGAAAUCAAUAUGGAGAAAGUCGAAAGGCAGGAAAUCAAAGGAGACCAAUCGACUUACCAGAACGAACUGGAGAGCGGAGGGAACUUCACCAGAGAGGAAGAAAAAAGCUACGUUGUAACGAUGAAAGGACAAAUAGCCAGUGCCAUCCUCAGUGUGGAUGAAUUAGUUAUUUCGGAAUUAUUUUUCUCCAACUUUUUUAGUAAAUACAACUACGACUACAUAUGUGCUUUCCUCUCCUGCUUUGUUUAUGACGAAUCCACAAACAAAGAGGUAGCCAUUGAAGACCCAAUUCUUGUGGAGGGAUACGAACAGAUAAUUAGAACAGCCACCCACGUUUCGAAUAAAAUGAACGAAUGUGGAAUGAGCAUGAAUUUGAAGGAUUACCUGGACAAGUUCAAGUCUGCAAUCAUGCCCAUAGUCUUACAAUGGGUACGCGGCUACUCUUUCAUGGAAAUUCUUACUGACUCGCAGAUAUACGAGGGGUCUAUCAUACGUACGCUCAGGCGCCUGGACGAACUUCUCAGACAAAUGAUCUGCGCGUUUAGAGGAAUCAACAACGACAGCAUGUGCGAAAUUUUGACAGAGGCGACAAAAAAACUGAGACGAGGCAUCCCCUUCUCACCCUCUUUGUACUUAUAA